GGAGAGAGCAGUGCGAGCUUUUUGCGAGCUGCUCGAGCCGGCAAUUUGGACCGUGUGCUGGAGCUGCUGCGUUCCGGCACCGACAUCAACACAUGUAAUGCGAAUGGGCUGAAUGCACUGCAUCUUGCCUCGAAGGAGGGCCACCACGAGGUGGUCCGUGAGCUGCUCAAACGCAAAGCGGACGUGGAUGCCGCCACAAAGGUUCUCUCUGCCAUUCCUGAACCCUCCGGCACUCCAGCUGCGCACAUGCCAAAAGAACUAGUGUGA